AUGGAUGAGGUCCUAGUGAGGAUCGCAAUCAUUUUAUCUUUAUUCCUAUCGGGAAUUAAUUGUCAAGCUUGCAGCAAGGGAUACAUAACGUUUGAACUAAUUACAGGUUACGUAUAUACGGCACCGUCUGACACUCUUGAAUUAUUACCAGGAACUCUUCAGUUAACCGAAUGUUUAAGUCAGUGUCGAAAAAAUACCAGUUGUCAAUCAGUAAAUUUCGAAACUGGUCUUUGCGUAUUGUUCAGUUCGAGUGCCGUACAACACCCAUCUGCUCUUACUGCUUCUCAGUUUCCAGUUUUUACCGUUUAUGCACAUAAAAUUUGUUUGUUCGGUAGCCAAACUUGUAAAAGGGACUGGAUGUUCGAGCGUGUAACUGGCUAUCAACUUAUUGAAAAACCUCGGAAAAAAGUUCGCUUGGGUUCUUUAGAAGCUUGCAUGGAAGUUUGUUUAGCUGAAAGAGAAUUUUUGUGCAGAUCCGCAAAUUAUGAUACUCUAACGGGUGACUGUUAUACCAGCGAUGUCGAUCGCCAUACAGUAACUGGACCGGGUCAUUUCGCAGCUACCGUUCCCACUAUGGAAUAUAUCGAAAGUAAUUGUGUCGAUGAUCCUAUCAGACUAUGCGAGUUUCGUAAAAUCCCUGGUAAAAUACUGAAAACUGUGGAUGCCGUCUAUCAAGAUGUCAAGACUUUAGAGGAAUGCAGACGAAGGUGCUUGACUGUCAAUCAUCGCUGUCAUUCAUUUGAUUUCGGCGAUCCUGCCAACAGUGUCUGUCGCAUCAGUCAUCAUGCAUCAGCCACUCUUUCUCACAUACACGACCCUUAUCUAGAAAUUCCUGGAGCUUCUACAUUUGAAUUGACCUCUUGUUACAAUGUGACCAUCCACUGUAAAGCUAAAGAAAUGGUGGCCACGGUCCAGACUAGCAAACUAUUCAAUGGAAAAGUUUACGUAAAAAGUCGACCGAAUUCUUGCGUCACGGACGUCAUUAACAGUUUGAAUUUCGAAAUUAAAAUGUCUUAUCAUGAUUUAAAUUGUGAUGUUAAGCAGAAGGCUAGAGGACAAUUUAGCAAUGACAUUGUUAUCCAACAUCACGAUAUGAUUGUCACUAAUCAAGAUUUGGGAUUAUCUGUUCACUGUCAAUAUGAUCUAACUAAUAAAUCUGUAUCUCACGGUGUACAAUUAGAAGUAAAUGGGGAGGUGGAAGCAACAGGCACGCACUCGGCAACAGUUAAUUCUCCGAAUGUUACAAUGAAGAUUACAGAUCGUUUAGGAAAAGACAUUUAUACAGCUCAAGUAGGAGAUCAACUUGCACUGAGAUUCGAAGUAUCUACAAAAAACAGUCCUUACGAGAUAUUUGUCAGAGAAUUAAUAGCAAUGGAUGGAAUCGAUAACAGUGAAAUUCUUUUAAUAGACAGUUUGGGUUGCCCAACCGAUGCUGCUAUAAUGGGAGCUCUUAUUAAAGUAAAAAACGACGGGCAAGUUUUACAAGCGCCCUUUGAUGCCUUUAAAUUCCCCACUUCAGAAAUAGUUCAAUUUAAAGCACUGGUAACUCCUUGUCUUCCCAACUGUCAACCCGCUAUGUGCAACGUGGCCAACUUCGAAGGAAUUAAUCACCGCGAGCAAUCGUACGGCAAGAGAAGAAAACGAAAAGCAGAAGAAUCCGAAGAUUUAGUUGUUGUACAGACGGUCAGAAUAGUUGACAAAUUUGGUUUUGAACGAAAUGAAAAAAGAUUUGAUGAUGAGGAUAAGUCCAAUACGGGAAAUCAAGGAACCAGAAUAAUAAAUGGAUUUAAUUCAGAUGGCUCAGCUUGUGUGAAUGUUGUCAGUCUUGUUGUUGCUUGUAUCUUAUUUUUAAUUGCUCAACUCAUAUUAUUAUUAGUUUGGUUCUUUGUCUGUCAAAGACAGAGAAGAACAAAAUUUCAUGAUGAUGUGACAAGAGGAUUUGAUGCUAUAUAUACAACAAACAGAAGAGAAAAUAGUCAAAUUGAACAAUAUGCUUAUGAUAAUCCAACAGAAGCUGGAGAAUCAGAUGUAAAUCUUUCUGCUCCUCAAUGAAGAAAUUUUCCAUCUUCAUUCAAACAUGGUGCAAUUAAUAACUACAACCAGUCAAGAGAAUUAACUUAUAAACUUGCUACUUGAUGCAGUGCAAUCUUUUUGGACUGAGUUGUUUUACGGACUUUAAAGAGAUUUGACACAUUUUCAGAGAGUUUUUAUUCUUUGGGUGUGUUUGUGCCAAUCUCCCAAUUAAGAGGAGCUCGCCUCACAUAUUGAAAUCUAAAUCAAGAGCCUGCAGGUUAGGCUAUACAAACAUCAAUCUUCUUGGACUUUAAACUGAUGAACAGUUUAUAUUAUUUUGUUGCAACUAUUUUUGAUACUUCUUUAAUAAAUAUAUAUCAAUCAAUCCAACUGAACUUAAAACUCAUUCUAUGACUCAAGAGUCAAAUGCCAAGAAUGGUUAUAAAAAUGCUCAAAAUUAGAAGAAAUUAUCAGAUGUCUGUUUUGAUCAAAAAACUUUAUGCUUCUGAAUUUAAUUGGUAUGACAAUUUUUCUGUACAAAAACUGACUUUUGUAAGAAUGCUGUCUUGUUAUGUUAAACAUGUUUUGGUGUGGAAUUAACAAGUGUAAAUGAAAAAUAAAUAUUUAUUACA